AAAUACACAAGAAGCGUGACGUAACGUGCGUUCACGUCACCGCGUUUGAGCGCUCACGCAUAUUGGAAGGCGACGAGAAACCCAGAGCGCGCAGGACUCGGGAUUAUUUCACGUUUCUGCACAUCUGAUGAAUAAAUACUCCUGUCUCCAGAUCUGUGAUGGAUGAUCACAUGCAGUGCACGAUCUGCUUGGAUCUGUUUAAAUGCCCCGUGACGAUCCCAUGCGGUCACACCUUCUGCAAGGCCUGCAUCUCCAGAUUCUGGGAUGGCAUGGACAAAGACUUCCACUGUCCUUUCUGUAAAAAUCCCUUCGACACAAGGCCUGAGCUGAAUCGCAACGUGUCUCUGUCGAUGAUCACGGAGAUGCCCGCCACACACAGUCCAGUUAAGACGGAUGUGAGCGCAGGAGCCUCGGUCCACACGGAGCCGGAGCAGAUCUGUGAGCGGCACCAGAAGCCUCUGGUCAUCUACUGCAGGAACGACAGCAUGUGUGUUUGUUACGAGUGCUCUGUGAACGAGUGCAAGGGCCAUGAUAAGAUUUUGGUGGAAGAAGAACGGAAGAAUCGAGAGACAGGAUUGAAGAAAAAGAGUGCAGAAUUCAAGAAACACCAGGAAAGUGCUGAGAGAAGCCGCCUGGAGCUCAUGGAGAACAUGGAGAAAGCCAAGGUGUCUCUACAGCAGACGUCUCAGUGGGUGAACACCAAGUUCUCACAGCUGAUUAAAGUGUUGGUAGAGAAGCAGGAGGUGACACAGCUUUUUCUGGAGCAGCAUCAGGAAGUGACUCUGAUGGAGGCUCAGCAGCGGCUGGCUGUUCUGGAGGAGAGAGAAAUGCAGCUCGCAGCGCUUCAGGAGGAUAUCAGCAGCCUGUGCUCCCUCCCUCCCUGCCAGCUCAUCAAGGACUCCAGGUUCAUAGGAAGUGUCCCAUGCUUCAGUGACGUUCCUGUGGAUGUGCAUGUGAGCGUACAGGAGAAGCUGACGCCCAUCACAGAUGUCCUGUCCCGUGUGUCUAAGCUGGUGUGUGAGGAUCUGGAGAGAGCCGUACAUGUGUCUGGAGGACAGGAGAAAGAGGGCUCUCCUCAAGAUAAGAGGCCAGUUCAGGCUGUUGUUCCCAGUCCUGCGACUCCAUCGUAUCCGGCCGAGAGAGAGGGACUGAACGCAUACCGUUGCAACCUGACCUUCGACCCCCGCACCGCCAACGCUCACUUACGGCUCUCCCAGAGCAACAGGAGGGCGGAGCAUCUGAUCUCCGGGCCCCGCCCCGUCCUGGCCGAUGAGUCCCGCUUCGACCACACCUGGCAGGUGUUGUGUUUCCAGAGCUUCACUCACGGCCGGCACUACUGGGAGCUGGAGGUGUCCAAACCCUGGGCGUAUGUGGGCGUAACGUACCCGAACAUCCCGCGCAAGGAAAAGGGCAAGCGCUGCAUGGUGGGGAUGAACGAGCUUUCGUGGAGCCUCCAGCUGGACGAGCGGCAGCUGAGCGCGUGGCACGCCGGAUGCAAGGAGUCCGUCGCCGGUCAGCUGCAGCCGAACGCUCAGCCGCUGCGCAUCGGGAUGCUUCUGGACUACGAGGCCGGGACACUGACGUACUACGGCGAGGGACAGGUCCGGCUGCACGCCUUCCACUGCGCCUUUACACAAGCGCUGCUCCCGGCCUGCUGGAUCGGGGAGGGCGUCACCAUCACACUCUGUGAACCAUGAGCUUGAACAUAUCUGAUCCUGGGGAAAUAGAUGCAUCAUCCCUACCGUAGCUGAACCUGAGACGCGUGGCCUUCCUUUGCCAUCAUUUCCUCCUGGUGUUUCUGAGCGGUAGACGAGCUCAGUUUGUGCUCUGGAACGGUUCGGGUUGGUCUGAGAAGAACUGUGUAAGAGCUGAAACAUACUUCACACAAGUCCUGUAUGUAUGCUCACACUGAAGUGAAAAAAUGUAGUGAAAAACUCAACGUAAAUAAGUCUCUUAUGCUCACAAAGACUGCAAUAUAAUAUUACAAUAUAAAAUCAGUUUAAUCAGUAUAUUAGAAUGAUUUCUGAAGGAUCAUGUGACACUGAAGACAUGCUGAGAAUUCAGAUUUGAUCACUUACAUUAAAAAUAAAUUCUAAAUUAAAUUGUAAUAAUAUUUCACUUUUUUUUUUGUAUUUUUGAUCAAAUAAAUGCAGCCUUGAUGAGCAGAGGAGACUUCUUUUCAAUAACUAUUCCAAAACAUCUGUGUUUGUGUACUUCAUAAAGUCUGUUUCUGUCCAUUAUUUCCUGUGGCCAAAUGAUAGAAGUGUACUUGAACUUUUAAGAAGUUUUGAAGGGUUUGCAUUGGGGGCCAGCUGUGCAUUUUGUUUUUAUGUUGUGUUUGAGUGAAUUUACAUUGUUUACUGCUGUUUCCACUCUAGUAUAUGAUUCCAGAUGAUUUCCAGAACAAACAGUUAUGUUGUGUUCAUUUCCGUCUUGUUUUCCUGUGCUGUAGGAUUCUUGUUAUAGUGAUUGUAUUUGUACGCAUUUCUACUGUAUUAGUUUUAGGAGCAUUUUGUUUAUUUUUACAGAGUUGAAUUACAUUGUGGAUGAUGUGUCCAGCAAAUUGAUCUUUAAGCACUUCAGAUAUUAACAUCUGUGAUUAUGAAAUUAUAUUUCAUACUCUAAAACUCAUUUCAUUAUCAUUGGCUGCGUUCAGAAUAACUUGCGUUCUUCAGUAUAAAUAAUGCAUACUGCAAAUAUCGUAUUAGCAUGCUAUUCUGAACGAUAGCCUUUUUUAUAAAGAGCCACUGAAAAUUUCAACACUGUGUGCGUUAUAUGUGAAUAUGGGAUCAUAAUUAUAUGAAAUCCUUCCUUUUAUAGCAUACUUGAGGUCUGAGCUCACAUCUUUGAGCUGAUUUUAUGCACUAAAGAGUAGCAGGUGGAACUGGAAGCUAAUAUUGUUUGAUUUUUAGAAAAGCCAAUUUAAUUUGCACAAGCUAUCACAGCUGCAAGAGUGAAGGGAAAACUGGAAAAGCACAUCCUUUGGGAAUAACGAAGUCAUUUUGAAUUGUGUCUGUUUGUCUGCUUUUGAAACCCUGGUCAUGAAUAAUGAACACAAAACGUCCAUAAAUGACAUGCAUCGUUCCACUUGUAUAGGUUUACUUUAAUAAAAUACACUUUAAAUAAGACAA